GGGAACGCAGUGGAUUAUAGCUCUGUUUUCUUCCAUCCAAAACUGUGCACUUCUGGAUGAACGAGAUCCACAGCUGGUCCGGGGUUCAGUGCUCUAGAAAGUUCUAAGGCUGUGCCUUGAAGCCAAGAAGCUGCAAUAAUUGAAGAGAAGCAGAGGCCAGCUACUCCUGAGUAUCCUGUCCCUCGGAGAAUGCUCUGCACCCAUUGAUGCUCCAGUUCCAACACCAUCUUCUGAGAUGAACCUGAUUCCCAGAAUGCCCUUGGUGCUGCUCCUGCUGCUGCCUAUCUUGAGUUCUGCAAAAGCUCAGGUUAACCCAGCUGUAUGCCGCUACCCUCUGGGCAUGUCAGGAGGCCACAUUCCCGACGAGGACAUCACAGCCUCCAGUCAGUGGUCAGAGUCCACCGCUGCCAGAUAUGGAAGGCUGGACUCAGAAGAAGGGGACGGAGCCUGGUGUCCCGAGAUUCCAGUGGAACCUGAUGACCUGAAGGAGUUUCUGCAGAUUGACUUGCACACCCUGCACUUUAUCACUCUGGUGGGGACCCAGGGACGCCAUGCAGGGGGCCAUGGCAUUGAGUUUGCCCCCAUGUACAAGAUCAACUACAGUCGAGAUGGCACUCGCUGGAUCUCUUGGCGGAACCGGCAUGGGAAACAGGUGCUGGAUGGAAAUAGUAACCCCUAUGACAUUUUCCUAAAGGAUUUGGAGCCACCCAUUGUGGCCAGAUUUGUCCGCUUUAUCCCAGUAACUGAUCACUCCAUGAAUGUGUGCAUGAGGGUGGAACUUUACGGAUGUGUCUGGCUGGAUGGCUUGGUGUCCUACAGUGCUCCAGCUGGACAGCAGUUUGUACUGCCAGGAGGCUCCAUCAUUUAUCUCAACGAUUCUGUCUAUGACGGAGCUGUUGGGUACAGCAUGACUGAAGGGCUGGGCCAGUUGACUGAUGGGGUGUCUGGCCUGGAUGAUUUCACGCAGACCCACGAGUACCAUGUGUGGCCGGGCUAUGACUACGUGGGCUGGAGAAACGAGAGUGCCACCAAUGGUUACAUUGAGAUCAUGUUUGAGUUUGACCGCAUCAGGAAUUUUACUACUAUGAAGGUCCACUGCAACAACAUGUUUGCUAAGGGUGUGAAGAUUUUUAAGGAGGUCCAGUGCUACUUCCGCUCUGAAGCCAAUGAAUGGGAACCUAACGCCGUCUCCUUCCCGCUGGUGCUGGAUGACGUCAACCCCAGUGCUCGCUUCGUCACUGUGCCCCUCCACCACCGCAUGGCCAGUGCCAUCAAGUGCCAAUACCAUUUUGCUGACACCUGGAUGAUGUUCAGUGAGAUCACCUUCCAAUCAGAUGCUGCAAUGUACAACAACUCUGGAGCCCUGCCCACAUCGCCUGUGGCACCCACAACCUUUGAUCCCAUGCUUAAAGUUGAUGACAGCAACACUCGAAUCCUGAUUGGCUGCUUGGUAGCCAUCAUCUUCAUUCUCUUGGCCAUCAUUGUCAUCAUCCUUUGGAGGCAGUUCUGGCAGAAAAUGCUGGAGAAGGCUUCCCGGAGGAUGCUGGAUGAUGAAAUGACAGUCAGCCUUUCCCUGCCCAGUGAAUCCAGCAUGUUCAACAAUAACCGCUCUUCAUCACCAAGUGAGCAGGAGUCCAACUCCACUUAUGAUCGCAUCUUUCCACUUCGCCCUGACUACCAGGAGCCAUCCAGGCUGAUACGAAAACUUCCAGAAUUUGCUCCAGGGGAGGAAGAGUCAGGCUGCAGUGGUGUUGUGAAGCCAGUCCAGCCCAGUGGGCCCGAGGGCGUGCCCCACUACGCAGAGGCUGACAUUGUGAACCUCCAGGGGGUGACUGGAGGCAACACCUACUCUGUGCCUGCCGUUACCAUGGACCUGCUUUCGGGAAAAGACGUGGCUGUGGAAGAGUUCCCCAGGAAGCUCUUAACAUUCAAGGAGAAGCUGGGUGAAGGCCAGUUUGGGGAGGUUCAUCUCUGUGAAGUGGAGGGAAUGGAAAAGUUCAAAGACAAAGAUUUUGCCCUAGAUGUCAGUGCCAACCAGCCUGUCCUGGUGGCUGUGAAAAUGCUCCGAGCAGAUGCCAACAAGAAUGCCAGGAAUGAUUUUCUCAAGGAGAUAAAGAUCAUGUCCCGGCUCAAGGACCCAAACAUCAUCCGUCUCUUAGCUGUGUGCAUCACUGAGGACCCUCUUUGCAUGAUCACUGAGUACAUGGAAAAUGGAGAUCUCAAUCAGUUUCUUUCCCGCCACGAGCCACCCAGUUCUUCCUCUGCCAGUGUACCCACUGUCAGUUAUGCCAACCUGAAGUUUAUGGCUACCCAGAUUGCAUCUGGUAUGAAGUACCUUUCCUCACUUAAUUUUGUUCAUCGAGAUCUGGCCACACGAAACUGCUUAGUGGGUAAGAACUAUACCAUCAAGAUAGCUGAUUUUGGAAUGAGCAGAAACCUAUACAGUGGUGACUACUACCGAAUCCAGGGCCGGGCAGUGCUCCCGAUCCGCUGGAUGUCCUGGGAGAGCAUCUUGCUGGGCAAAUUCACCACAGCAAGUGAUGUGUGGGCCUUUGGGGUGACUCUGUGGGAGACAUUCACCUUUUGCCAGGAACAGCCUUAUUCCCAACUGUCAGAUGAACAGGUCAUUGAGAAUACUGGAGAGUUCUUCCGAGACCAAGGGAGGCAGACUUACCUCCCUCAGCCUGCCAUUUGCCCUGACUCUGUGUAUAAGCUGAUGCUCAGCUGCUGGAGAAGAGACACCAAGCACCGGCCCUCUUUCCAGGAAAUCCACCUUCUGCUUCUUCAGCAGGUGGACGAGUGAUGCUGUUAGAGCCUGGCAACAGGUCCUCCUCACAAGCCCCACGACUCACCCUCGCUUAAGC